UAAUUAUUAAUUUCCUUUUUUUAUAAUAUUUUUUAGAAGUGAAAACUACAUGUUAGCCGCUGACUGAACAUAUUUUUUUGCUAUAUUUGUGUAGGCAAGAGAAGGAGCAUAUAUUGAAGUCCUAUUACGUGUAUUUUCAGAAAAUGGAUUCAACCACGACCAUCGUUGGAAGAGGAUCCAUUUUAGAGCCACCAUACUUUGAUGGUGAAAAUUGCAGUGAGUGGAAGGAGCGUAUGAAGAUAUUCAUACAAUCUGUUGAUUUCAAACUUUGGCUAGUGAUAAAGAAUGGAACAAAAAUUGAGAAGUCUGAAGAUGAGUACAAUGAUGAAGACAUGAAGAUGAUGGAACAAGAAGCAAAAGCUAAACAUAUUUUAUUUUGUGCCUUAAACCCUGAAGAUCGUAAAAGAGUUUCAUGUUGCAAUAAAGCAAAGGAAAUGUGGGAUGAGCUUGACAAGUCAAGUGUCAAUUCUACAGCUGUAGUAUCAGAAAUAGAAACAGAUGCAUCAGCAGCAGAACUCAACAACACUCCUAACUUGGAGUUUUUGAAAGAAACAAGUGAUGAUCCAAAGAAAAAUUUUCUCAACCUUUGUGUUCCCAUUUACAAGCAUGCUAUAAAAGGAAACUGGCCAGCAGCCAAGCGAAUGAUAGACAAGGAAAACAAGCUGAAAAAUGCUGCCAUAACCCAAGGGUGGCAUACGCUACUGCAUGUUGCAGUAGGUUCAAACAAGACUGAAUUUGUGAAGCAGCUAUUGAAAAUAUUAGAUGAUAAUGACUUGGAUUUGCAAGAUAAGCACGGCAUCACUGCUUUCUGUUUUGCUGUUAGUGCUGGAAACAUUGAGAUUGUUAAUUUAAUGCUCAAAAGAAACUCGCAGUUACCCAUAAUAAGGGAUCAAAAGGGAUUUACUCCUAUUCAGUAUGCUGCUUUCAUCGGAAAAUACAAAUUGACAUGGCAUCUAUAUGAUAAAACUAUACAUUCUUUUGAAGAAAAGGAUUGGAAUGUAUUGUUCUUUGGUUGUUUCCACACUGGAAUCUAUGACAUAGCCUUGAAAAUGGUAAGAGAUAAGAAUACACUAGCUUUUGCACGCGAUACAAAUCAAUGUACAGCUUUACAUUGGUUGGCUACAAAUCAAAUGCAUUUGAAUUCUUCUUGUCAUGGUCAAGAACAUGAUGAUAAUCCCAUUAUGACCAAUCCUUAUAGGGAGAAUCAAGUGUAUUUCCAAUUCGUUAAAUUUCUCUGGACCGCGAUACUUGAUAAAUACUACUAUUCGGAAGCGGAGUUAAGAAAAAUCAUAAAUGAACCUUUCCAACUUAUAUUUUAUGCUGCAAGAGUUGGAAAUUAUGGAUUCAUAUCAGAGCUUAUUAGCUGUUUUGCAUCGCCAUGCUAGUAUCUUCAACAUGGUACAUCAAAUAAUGUAUAUAACGAAUACCAUAAGUACAUAUGAAGAUGAACAAGGAAACAAUUUAUUGCACUUGGCUGCAAAUUUAGCACCUCAAAGUCAACUUGAAUUGGUUUCUGGAGCAGCUUUUCAAAUGUCCCUCGAGUUAUUAUGGUUUGAGGUACAAUUUCUUUAUCUAGUUACAUGGAUCUGAAAUUUUAACUGUAUUUCUCAAAUUCUUUUUAUAUUGAAAAAUUAACCCUUACUUAUUAAAAUAUUUUAACGGAACAAUUGAUUUUGUGUGUGGGUAAUAUACAUAGGUAGAAGUGAGUCCAUUUCAACUAAACAAAAAAAUGAGUGCAGAAACUUGAAUUUCACAACCUUAUAGAAAAGAAAGUAUUCACAUUCAUGUCUCAUGUAUAAAUAGAAAUUUAUGUUAUGGGUGAAAUCAGAAACAUGUAGAACCUCAUCGGCCAAACUUUGAGAUAGGUAUGUAACUAACUUCUAUAACAUAGUAACUAUAGUCGUUCAAAACAUAGGGAUCAUCAAUUCUAUAUGAAUCUAGAACAUCUAAGAUAGACAUGAUUUAGAUAGACAUGAGUUUAUGAUUCCUAAGAUAAAUAAAAAUGUCAAACUACAAAUUGGUUUGGAUGGUCACAAUUAAUGUUUUAUGCAUCAUUUUCCUAAUUUGCUAUUUAAAUUAAACUCGGAUAU